GCUGCGGGCUGACGGGGGUCUCCCGCCCGUCUCGCGUCCGUGCGUCCUUCCAUCGUCCGUCCCAGGCCAUGGCAAAGCUGACGGUGCUCACCCUCGGGACUGGGGCUGGCACUCUUCAGGGAUCACCGUUCUUCUUAUCUAACAAGAAAGAAUGCUUCCCAAGAGUAAAAUUGGCAGAACUUCCUAACUGUAAAUUAGGAAAAGGAAUAAAAACUGGCUCUGAAGACUUGGAGAUAGUUCGUAAUGGACUGGCUUUCAUCAGCUCCGGAUUAAAAUAUCCUGGAAUAAAGAGCUUUGAACCCGAUAAGCCUGGAAAAAUACUUCUGAUGGACAUGAACAGUGGAUCAUGUCCACUGGAAGAGGAUACAACAGUGUUGGAACUGAGGAUCACUGGAAGUAACUUUGAUUUGUCUUCAUUUAACCCUCAUGGGAUUAGCACAUUCACAAAAGAAGAUAAUACCGUGUACCUGCUGGUGGUGAACCAUCCAGAUUUUAAGUCCACGGUUGAGUUGUUUAAAUUUCAAGAAGAAGAAAAGUCACUUUUGCAUCUGAAAACCAUCAAACACAAACUUCUGCCUAAUUUGAAUGGCAUUGUCGGUGUGGGACCUGAACACUUCUAUGCCAUCAAUGAUCACUAUUUUGUUGACCCCUACCUGAGAUCCUGGGAGUUGUAUUUGGGUCUAGCGUGCUCAUUUAUUGUUUACUACAGUCCAAAUGAAGUUCGAGUGGUGGCCAGCGGAUUUGAUUUUGGUGGAAUCAACAUCUCACCUGAUAGCAAGUAUGUCUAUAUAUCUGAAGUGCUGGCUCAUAAGAUUCAUGUGUAUGAAAAGCACGCUAAUUGGACUUUAACUCCAUUGAAGAAGCCUCUGGACUUUAACACACUUAUGGAUAAUGUAUCCCAGGAUCCUGUGACAGGGGACCUUUGGGUUGGUCGCCACCUCAGUGACAUGAAAAUCUUCUUCUAUGACCCAGAGAAUCCUACUGGAUCAGAGAGGAUUGUUUUGGCAGUGCAAACAAGAAUUUGAAACUCACUUUGCCAUGGGCAUCUGAACGUUUACGAUGACUUACCUGGGGUUUUUGACUCAGAGUUUUCAGCAGGUCUGGAAGCAGGUCACGUGCCAUGCUUGGUCCACACACUCACACGUGUGAGCCUUCCAGUAACCACCAUUCCCUCAGCACAUCCACACAGACACGCGAACACAAGCACGUCAGGACCCUCUGUUUAGCAUAAGGAGUUGCUCUCCAGUGAUGUUUUGGGCACUGAAUUCAGAGACAUACUGCUCCAGAUUUAGGCUCAUUAGCCAGUGAGAAACCUGCUGCACGCUCCAUUCAUGAACGGCCCGAUUCAGACACUGACUGUGUUUGGGAGACUGUCCGUCAUCAAGAAUCUGAGCGCUUCUCCCCAGCCCCACCCCUGCUCCCAGUACUGGUAUUUCUUUCUUCUACUUAUCUGUUGGAGCACUAAGUCAAUCACCAGUGUAAUCUUCUGCCCUCCUGUACACAUUAUAUCUCCUGAGAAUCCAUUGCAAUGCACACUUGACCCUGGCUUCUAAGUAAGUGGUUCUCUCCUUGUUUUCCUUCCUUACCACAACUGCACCUCUCCCUCUCGACUUCGGUGAUUCUCAAUCAGGGGCCACUCCCCACUCAGAGGGAACAUCAGGGAUGGUGAAAAAGGUGAGGGAGGAGGGGGAUGGAUCGUCUGUAAACUCCCUCGAGAUUUCUUUUUUUUUUUUUGCCGCACCUCGCAGCUUGCAGGAUCUUAGUUCCCCAACCAGGGAUCAAACCCGGGCCCCCCUGCAGUGGAAGCACGGAGUCCUAACCACUGGGCCUCCAGGGAAUUCCCUCCCUUGGGAUUUCUGGGCUGUUCCCUAUUGCUGCUCUCCAGUGCCCAGCCUCCCAUCCCCAACCCUCUGUGGAUAGUCAUCCCAUUUAUAUCAAAGAAAGGCUGAGGAGGUCCCUAGACAGCUUAAAGGGGCUCAGAAAUAGUACUUUGCUUCCAUGUUGAGACAGGGAGGGAGCGAAAUCAUGAGGAUUGAUAUGCAAAAUCUGCCUAAAAACAUUUUCCCUGGUGAUAGUUCAUCAGUAAAAUGUAUGAUCUGAAAAAGCAGCUCUGUCGUCAGUGCCGUGCAUGUACCUCAUCUGAUGACAGCACCAAGGACUGAGAGAGCCCAGGUGUUUUGGGUUCUGCUCCCAGGCCGCUCAGGUCUGCUGAACUGGUACUGCUGGGACUGAAGUCAUCAUUGAAGGUAAAAUUCUGAAAAAACAAAUAAAGGUCACUGUUAAAUGAGCAUAGUGAGUGAACCAGAGGUAGGUAUGUUUGCAAGUUCUGGAAAGGUUCUUUUUAAGUAAUCUUAGAAGAGAUUCAUAUUUGGUUUGGUGACCUUCACCCGGCAGUGGUUGAGAACACUGUGCCUUCUGCGCUGGAUAGGGAAUUCUAGGUGCUUUCUCCAUCACAUGAAAGGAUAGAUGUCUUAGAGAAAUGAUUCUUCAACCUCUCUUCAAGGGUACAGCAUUCAUUAUCCUCUGCAACUGCUCAGAGGGGUAAUAUUAAUAAGCCUAUCUUCUUUGACCCUAAUCGUGAUAAGUAACAAAGUAAAAAUACAAGAUGGUGUGGUGAGCCUGAGUUAUUAGCAACAGAUGGCAAUCCAUAUUAGAAAGGUAGCUUGAGCACCCCCUGGGAAGGAUCGCUUGCUGUUGGCCGUGAUAAAUACUGUGAGAGAUGGCAGAUCCUCUCCUGGAUGUAACCUUCAAGAUGAUGAGUUCUGGGGUAGGUCACAGUCUGCCAUUACACUAGUAGUCACAUGCUAAAAUACAACUCUUGCACAGCACCAACAGAGUACCAAAGAGGCUGCAGCACGGACAGAAACACAUUUCCAAAUAAUCACCUGGGGGUUGGGGAGGUUGAGGGUGUGUACAUAAAACUUCCCCAGAAUUUCAUUAAAAUGUUCAGUGGAUAUUAAAGUCAAAUGAAUUCACAUCCAGUGCAAGAUAAUGGUAGAAUCUAUUCAAACAACAUUUAGAUUUCUCAGAUCCAAGACUGAAAAUGUUUCAAGACUGAAGUGGCCUUCUGCUUCCAGAACUUCUUUUGCUAAUAAUUCUAGAAGGACUGGCUUUCCUGGAGCUCUAAGCACCUGACCAACACCAUCUUGUUUCCUAUUCCCCUUCCUUAGGAACCGGACUGUUAGUUUUCCAUUAGGUUCCCUUGCACUGGGUUUAGCUGGUUGUCAAGAAUAAAUACCAUGCCAGAGGCUAGAGCAUUCAGUACCAAACAAACGCCAAGUUUGCUAAAACUUCAGAAAAGGAGACGAAAUCAGAGCACAAGGAGCUAGGCUAGUAAAACAUUUAAGCAGGUGAGCAUUUAACACAGCACAUUACCAUUUGACAUUGUCAUUGGAGAUAUGACCCCAAAUUCUGUCGAAACCUUAUGAGCUGUUGACCUCAAGAAAAGAAUUAAAUUCAAGUUAACAUUAAUCACAGGUUUCUGUUUGAGAAAGAAAAGUGAACAUUGAUAAAAGGAGACCAAACAACAUGUGAAAGUUAGCCACCGUAUGUGUUUCAAUAAAAUGUUAGGUAAGGUUUGCAGCGUCAUGCUGGAAAUAACCAUCGUGCAUUUAAAAACAAAUAAGCAUAUAAUUCCUCAUUCUGCUAAAGUUAAAAAACUUUGGUGAUAGAAUUGUAACAGUUUAUCAACAUGGAAGUUUGACUUAAAAGAAGAAAUAAGUAAGGGUGCUAUGUCAGCAUUGGUUUGUUUGAAAGAGUUUCAUUUAGAUAUAUUGAACACAUAUUCAGUCCCAAAUUUAUUUGUUUUCCAGUAAAUCUUGAAGAGCACAGCAAAAAUAGUUUUGUAAUGUAAUUUAAAGUGGAAUACUUGGUAAACAGAUCUAUCAUACUGUUCCAUGAUUCAAAUGCAUCUUUCCCAGCAUGGCUUGACUGUCAAACUGAGAUUAAGUAGCAGUAUGUGAAAAGACAGGCAAAUCAAAGAUUAACGUACAAUCUAGAAUGGAACAGUAUUAAAGAAGGUGAUGGUUAAAUGAGGCUUUCUUCCUCCCCCACACAAGAAAUACCAUGCAUUGUCUACUGCAGUGUUAUCACAUUGGUUUCUCGGUUCCAGAGUAUACACACAAGUUGAGAAUGCUUUCCAAAGAUCGAAGAGGAGGAAGGAUUGGGGGUUUUCUUGUUUGCUUUUUUAAUCCAUGUGUUUUCUACCUUAGACCCCUUUUUAUCUGAAAUUAGAGUUUCAGGAGAAGGCUGAAGGGGACUUGCAGAUGCAGGCAGGUUCCUGAAGGAAUAGGAUCCUUUCCGGCUUUCGUUAAACCACGAGAAAGGCAGGCCCGCUGACGGCGUGGAGGCCUGAGCAGUGGAGGACAGCUUCGGUUUCCAGUGUUCCAGCCUGCCGCUGAAGAUCCUGGGUUAUGAAAAGAACGGCAUGCGGAACUUCCCUGACCAGGGAUCGAACCUGCGCCACCUGCAGUGGAAGCGCAGAAUCUUAGCCACUAGACCACUAGGGAAGUCCAAUAGUUAUCUUUUUUGCAUCUAAAUGGAUUCUAUAACAAUGAUCAAUAUUUUGUUAUCAUUAUUGCCACGAUGAAUUUUAUGAAAUGUGCCUAAUAAAUGUAUGUGGAUAAAUUAG